GAAAGCUGAUUGGUCGAUUCCAGCUUGUGUAAUCCGUUGGUUUGUGGUUCGCGGAGGGGCUUGUCUCAGUGAGGAGGCCAGUAUGGAUACACCGCGGGAUAUUCAAAAUUUUAAACGAAAUAUUAGCACCAGAUCAACUAUAUCUUCAUGCUCUUCGCUCGCAAUGGAGAUCAAGAGAAAGAAAAUAAGAGAAAGCAUGUUUUUUCUAAACGAGGACUGUGAUAUUCAGGAGAAGUUGGAUUUUGAGAUGCGAAUGAGAGCAGGGGCUUACAAGCUUCUGGUUGCCAGUACUAAGAAAGAGCAGGUGUUGGAUGCAUCCAGGAGUCUGUUAACGUGUAAUGCAAGAAUUAAAGCCUACAUGAGUGAAGCACAAAGGAGAAAACAGCACCAGGAUAUCAGAAGGUCUUCAAACUCUCCAAAUCAAGUUCCUUGUAAAGGAAAGGUAGCCAUAUCUGGUCUGCGAAUCCCAUUGUUUUGGAAAGAUUCUGAACAUUUCAACAGCAAAGGAAAUGAACAGAGGGUGGCAGUCUUCUGCUUGAUGAAAAUUGGCUCUGAGAUUUUUGACACAGAAAUGGUGAUUGCAGACCCAUCAAUGACUGAUAUUUGCUUUGAGGGUGUAAAUAUAUUCUCUGAGGCUAAGCCAGACUUUGAAAUAACAUUGGAGCUGUAUAGCUGUGGACUAGAAGGGGAGGGAGCCUUUGUGAACACUCCAAAAAAACUGGCCAGGAAGCUGCGCUCUUCAUUUGGCAGAUCUUCAGGAAGGAAACUCUGCCCCCUUCUGGAUGGAGGAGACCCAGAUACUUUCCUUCAGUCCAACCCAAUUCCACAAGGUGCACGAUACUCGAUGUUGGCAUACACAACGCUGGGUCUGGAGCAGGCUGAAGGCUCUUUCCAGUCUCAUUCUCUUAUUAUCCUGCAGAAUGUGGAGACUUCAUCAUGGCUUCCCCUCUAUGGAAACCUGUGCUGUCAGCUUGUGGCUCAACCUGACUGCAUGACUCAAGAUAUGAUGACAGGCUACCUGAGCCAACAGCAAAGCAUUGAGGGAUUGCAGCGCAGCUGUCGGCUGUACUGUGUGCUGAAGGCUGGACGGCUUUCGUGCUAUUACUCACCUGAAGAGAUUCAAGCUAAAAUGGAGCCAAGCCUCAUUAUUCCCAUAAACAAGGAUUCUCGUAUCCGGGUUGUAGGCAAGGAUCAUGAGAGGACUGGGUCUAGACUGUGCCUGAUAAACCCAGGACAUGGAGACACUUCCAGUCAUGUUUUCAUUGCUGAAACUCCUGAUGUCCUACAGGAGUGGCUGGAUGCAUUGUGGCAGCACAUUUAUGACCAGAGUCAGUGGCAACACGCAUGCAACAAGCUCAUGGAAAUCGAAGUUUUGUCACCAAGGAAACCACCACUUUUUCUGACGAAGGAAGCCGAUUCUGUUUAUAAGGAUUUGAGCAUCGGCUCCCCUGGGAAAUUCGAAAGCUUGACUGACAUAAUUCACAACAAGAUUGAGGAAACUGAUGGGCGCUAUCUCAUUGGUCAGGGUGAGGAGAAAGAGCCUCCUCAUUGGGCUGCACUGUUUGAAGGAUCUCGACCAAUGGUGGUACAAAAAGCAAUUCUGUCACCAGGUAAAGAAAGUGACCAGUCAACUUUAAGUCCGACCACGAGCAGCAGCAAAAAGAGGAGAGCUCCUCCACCCCCUCCUGACAAAUUACCAUAUGUUCAACCUGCCAGCAUCUUAUCCAAUCAGGAAAAAGAGAACUGUAAAGGGGCGAGGCCUCGGGCAGGGAGACCAUCGCUGGAUGCUAAAUUCUCUGCCAUCAUCCAGCAACUGCAAAAGAACCACACUUCCCAUCGUAAAAACCCACCUCUGGGACAGAUUGAGCCCUGUCAGCACCCUUAUACACCAAAAAAUGAUGAGUUUGAUAAUCCUGAAAAUUCCAGGAAAAAUUCCAUUCAGGACCCUCAGGCUCCGGUGCCGGCCCCCAGGAACAAACUGAGAAUGUCAUUCAGAGAAAAGAAAAACUCUAAAGCCUGGUAAUUUCAUUAGAUGUCUGUCUGUCAUGAUUAAUGAAUUGGUGCCUGUGCAGAAACUUAUACUUUUUAUUGGUCCACCUUUGUUAAAAGGUUAGAUGUAUGUGAAUGUAUAAAUUGUCUAUCUUGUUUGUUCACGCUUGAACAAAAAACUAAAGGGAGACAAAAUUUUUAUUCAUUUUA